CGUUACACUAUAUUGCUAAAUAACUAAUGAUUAAUCUUCAUAAGAUCACCAAAUAAAUUUUUUUAUUUCUUUUUUUCCCUUUGCAAAGAAUGUAUUUGGGAAGUUCAAUUCUUUAAAGUUGGCGAAAAAAAUAGUUUCAAGAUUUUUUAAUUUUUUUUUUCCGUUCUUAAUUCUUGCGUAUUUGAUAAUAUGGAGUUCUAAGCAAUUAUAGUAUAAGUAAAUUUUCAUAGCAUUUUAAGUUUAUUUAGUAUAUUUGUUUGUUUUGGUGAGAGAAAAUAGUAUCGAUGGCAGAAAAACGGCAGCUUCUCUUUUGCUACAUGCUCGUUUUCUCGUUAUGGAGUUGUAUCGUUUAUGCUGUGACGGACUCACAAGACGCUGCUGUGCUUCGAUCGCUGAAAGAUCAAUGGGGAAACGUUCCACCGAGCUGGGAUACGUCGGGUGGUGAUCCUUGUGCAUCUUGGGAAGGAGUUGUCUGUAACAACUCAAGGGUCACCACUCUAGGAUUAUCAACAAUGGGACUAACUGGUACAAUGAGUGGUGAUAUUGGAGGACUUAGUGAAUUAAUUUCCUUAGAUUUAUCGUUCAACCGUGGCCUCACGGGCUCACUCUCACCCCGGUUAGGCGAUCUCCGAAAAUUGACAGUAUUGAUUCUUGCUGGAUGCAGCUUUACUAAUAGCAUACCAACCGAAUUAGGAAAUCUUUCGGAGCUAACUUUUCUAGCACUGAAUUCGAACCAAUUGAGCGGUGAAAUACCGGCUUCGCUCGGACAACUGUCGAAUCUGUAUUGGCUUGAUUUAGCAGACAAUCAAUUAACAGGACAAAUCCCUGUUAAUCCAGGACUAGACAACCUUAAAGUUGCCAAACACUUCCAUUUCAACAAAAACCAGCUCUCGGGUGGGAUUCCAGGAAAACUUUUCGACUCAGACAUGUCAUUCAUACACGUAUUGCUUGAUGGAAAUCAACUGGUAGGGAGUAUUCCAUCGACAAUCGGAUUAGUACAGUCACUUGAAGUUCUUCGACUUGAUCGUAAUUCUCUGAACGGAAGCAUCCCGUUAAACCUCAACAACCUUACUAACAUCAUUGAAAUGAAUUUGGCUCAUAAUAAGUUGAUCGGUGCACUACCAAAUUUAACCGGCUUGAUCUCCCUCAAUUACGUGGACUUGAGCAACAAUUCUUUUCAACGAUCCGAACCUCCGACAUGGUUCUCGACUCUACAGUCACUAAAUAUUUUAAUAAUCGAAUACGGAUCGUUACAAGGAUCAAUCCCGUCAGGAAUCUUCAGUUUACCUCAGAUUCAACAAAUAAAACUGAAGAACAAUGCUUUAAGUAACAAGUUAGACACGAGCAGCGUUUCUAGCCAGCAACUCCAGCUCAUCGAUUUAGAGAACAACAAUAUAUCAUCCGUAACACUCGGCUCUCAACAAGGAAGUACACUAAUGUUAUACGGAAAUCCAGUAUGCUCAUCUUCUCUACAAAACACAGUCUACUGCCAGAUUCAGCAACUCGACGCAUCUUAUUCUACGAGCCUCGUGAAAUGUGGGACCCAAACGUGUAAAUCCGAUAAGAAAGUCAACCCACAAACAUGCGAGUGCGCUUAUCCGUACGAAGGAACACUGUAUUUCAGAGCACCCUCAUUCAGAGACUUGUCCAAUGCUAGUUUGUUUAUGUCUUUAGAAAGCAGCCUUUCGACAAAUCUAAGCCUUUCGCCUGGAUCGGUUUCUUUGCAUGGUCUCUCAUUCAACGACGACGAAUAUCUACAAAUGGAUAUCGAUCUUUUUCCGACCGAUGCAGAGUUGUUCAAUAGGUCAGAGAUUCAAAGACUUGGAUUUGCAUUGAGUAGGCAAAUUUAUAAGCCUCCGGUGGAUUUUGGGCCGUACUAUUUCAUUGCAUCUCCGUAUUUUUUCGGAGAUGGGAGUAGAAGAACUCUUAGCAUAGGUGCUAUUGCAGGAAUAGCAACCGGAUGUGCAGUUUUAGUGCUUGUGCUAGUAGCUUUAGGGGUAUAUUCCCUUCGUUUGAAAAAACGAGCCGAACAAGCAAUGUUUUUUAGUAAACCAUUCGCGUCUUGGGCGACGAGCGGGAAAGAUAACGGAGAAGCGCCGCAGUUGAAAGGAGCAAGAUGGUUCUCGUACGACGAACUCAAGAAAUGCACUAAUAACUUCUCCGAGAGUAAUCAGAUUGGCUCUGGAGGCUAUGGCAAGGUGUAUAGAGGAAUGCUGUCUGAUGGACAAGUAGUUGCAGUGAAAAGGGCUGAAAAGGGAUCCAUGCAAGGUGGACAUGAAUUCAAGACUGAAAUCGAGCUUCUCUCACGAGUGCAUCACAAAAACCUCGUUGGCCUUGUCGGAUUUUGUUUCAAUCAAGGUGAUCAAAUGCUGGUCUAUGAGUUUAUGUCUAAUGGAACUCUAAGAGAAAUUUUAUCAGGUUCUAUUUUUAUUUUUUUAAUAUUAUUUCAAGAAUAAGACACUCUUAAUUUCGAAACUGCCACUAAAUGAGUUGAAAUUUACGUACGCAGGAAGAAGUGGAAUCGAACUAGAUUGGAAGAGGAGGCUAAGAAUUGCCUUAGGCUCGGCCAGAGGAUUAGCUUACUUACACGAACUCGCACAUCCUCCGAUAAUUCAUCGUGACGUAAAGUCAACCAACAUCUUAUUAGACGAAAAUCUUACAGCUAAGGUUGCAGAUUUCGGCUUGUCCAAACUAGUUUCCGAUGCUUCAAAAGGGCACGUUUCUACUCAAGUCAAAGGCACACUCGUGAGUUAUUAUUCA